AUGUUGCCUAGUUCUCGGAUUCAAUCGCUGUAUUCUGACUUCAGAAAUCUAAUAGAACUAAAUCCGGAUGGUUAUAGAGCCAAUGUUAACGUUUGGAAGGACUAUCUUAUGAAUACUGUAUGGAAGGAUGAUGUAGUGAUAAGGGGAGGUAGCAUCCUUCUUCGAAAGUUAACAAUAAACACCCAUGGACCUCCAAAGAGUAUUGAUGUUGUGAUAGACCAGCUUAUAUCUGAAGAAAGGAUACUUCCUAGGGAGUUAUUUCAACGUGGGAACGAAUUGACAUGGUCUUUAUGGCUUAAACAGUCACUUACUGGACUUGUAAUGGAUACUUCAUAUAGAAGUCGAGCCAAUAAUGAUGCCAAAUAUCUAAGAGAAGAUGACUAUGUGAAUAUGGAUAACCUCAAAAGGGUAUAUAAUAACGUUUACAAGGUUUUGGAGGAAAAUGUUAUGUCCAAAGCUACUAGAUAUACUGAUCUGGUAUUUAGAAAGCAGGAAUUGUACGAUCUGCUGAAGGAAGCAAUUGAAGGUAAAGAAGCCUAUGAUGUCUUGCUGGUUUAUAUGCAAAAAUACGAGCGUAUUGUACUUGUGGGACCAGAUAUUGUAAAGGUGGUGGAUCCUUAUGUCAAAUCUCUGGUGAAGAAUUUCGCUUCAGAUACGAUAACAGAGGACGAUGAGAACAUAGCAGAACUAUGCAAUGCUCUCAAUCGGCUUGAGAAACACAGCGAGAGCCUAACUGCACAUAUUAAGGAUACUACUAAACUUCUAAAGGGCUCCAUAAAUGCUGACGCGUCCAAAGAAGUUCAGAAAAGAUACCUGAAGAUGAAACGUCUUGCGGAAUCAAACUUAGGUCGUGUUCUAACACAGCUCUCAAACCUAAUGACCAUCAAAGAUCAUAUAGAUAAGAGUGUUGACAAUAUACACUUGGCUGCAGCUCUUAAGGGUUCAGUACUAACACUAGAAUCCAUCAAUGCACAAAUUGGCACCGUAGAUGAAGUAGAAAAACUACUCGACAGGAUUGACGAUGAGGCCGCGGAAGUAGAUAAGUUGAACACCCUACUAUCGACCUCCACACCAGUUGACGAAGAUGAAUUGGAUAAGGAGUUGGCCCAGAUGGAGACCGAUAUGAAGAAUGAACAGCAGCAAGAGAAUAAAUUACUAAACAAACUAUCUAAGCUAGAGGUAAAUGAUCUUGAGAAUCCUAAGCCUAAAGUUGCUAGCCCUGUUAAAAAGGAUGAAAAGAGGCGGGAAGAAGCAAACUUUGUUAUGAUUUAA